AUGGCCGCCUCCACCAUGUCCGUCUGCUCCAGCAACCUCAGCUAUGGCAGCAACAUCUGCAUGCCCGCUUCUCACGACUCCUGGCAGGUGGACGACUGCCCAGAGAGCUGCUGCGAGCCGCCCUGCUGUGCCCCCAGCUGCUGCGCCCCGUCCUCCUGUGUGACCCUCUGCUGCAGGCCCGUGUGCUGCAAGCCUGUCUGCUGUGUGCCCGUGUGCUCCUCCUCCUCCUGCUGCCAGCAGUCUAGCUGCCAGCCCUCGUGCUGUGGCUCCUCCCCCUGCCAGGAGUCCUCCUGUGUGACCCUCUGCUGCAGGCCCGUGAGUUGCAAGCCUGUCUGCUGUGUGCCUGUGUGCUCUGAGAGCUCCUCCUGCUGCCAGCAGUCUAGCUGCCAGCCCUCGUGCUGUGGCUCCUCCCCCUGCCAGGAGUCCUCCUGUGUGACCCUCUGCUGCAGGCCCGUGAGUUGCAAGCCUGUCUGCUGUGUGCCUGUGUGCUCUGAGAGCUCCUCCUGCUGCCAGCAGUCUAGCUGCCAGCCCUUCUGCUGCCCCUCGUCCUGCUGCAGACCCUCCUCCAGCGUGUCCCUGCUCUGCCGCCCCGUGUGCAGACCCGCCUGCAGUGUGCCCGCCUCCUCCUGCUGUGCCCCCGCCUCGUGCUGCCAGCCCAGCUGCUGCCGCCCGGCCUCCAGCGUGUCCCUGCUCUGCCGGCCUGCCUGCCCCCGCCCGGCCUGCUGUGGCCUCUCCUCGGGCCAGUCCUGCUGCUGA